GAAGUAGCCAACUAGCUACCUCUCCAACCCUCUUCUAGCGGCCUCCCCCCCGGGCUUUUGGAAAAAUAUGGAGUCUAAUAGCAAUGGGCUCCAACCCUACUAGCGCCCUUGCUCCUAGUAGCGAUGCCAGGAGCCCCUAGUAACAUCGAUGGCCUCAUCUCCUUUCCUCUCCCGACGGCUCUGCGAGGAAACGGCGACGUCCGGAAGCGUCGUGCCAGCGAGGUGGAGCCGAAGACGAAGUGCCCGACGGAGCUGACGCUGUUGGCGCUGUUGGAACACGGCAGUGCCAAGGACAUGUCAAUCAUCAAAGGCUUGACCAGCGAUGACAUCAAGAAGGUCAUGGCCUCUCGGAAGCGUGGCCGCGGCAUGGCCGGAGAUCUGCAGACGCUGCCGGCCGUGCUGCAGCGGAAGAUCUCCAUUCGCCAGCUCAUUGCUGAGAACGGCGUAGCCUAGACGGCCACCGGAGAAGGGGUGGCAGCUGGUGGGUGGCAUUGUUUGAGAAAGCCGG